GUUUACAGGUCCAAGUUCAAGGGUCACAAGCUGCCUCGGUAGGUGAUAUGGCGGAAGUAGGGGAGCGGCAGGACCGACUGACGUGAAGACUUUCACCGCUCGUAAGUUACUAUAAACUAAAAAGUGGACGUACAAUCAACACCAUGCCGAUCCUACCGGAUGCAAACAAGGAGUUCAAGGACAAGCUGACCUUCUGGGUGAACGGGAAGCGUCAUGUUGUUCAAAGUCCAGAUCCGGCCAUGACCUUGAACGAGUGGCUGCGCUCACAGCGUGGGCUGACGGGGACAAAGGUCAUGUGUAGGGAAGGAGGGUGUGGCUGCUGUGUUGUCAUGGUGACGCAUUCAGAUCUGACCAAUGGAGGAGCAUGUUCUUAUUCCUUAAAUUCGUGCCUGUGCCCCCUGUGCAGUGUGGACGGCUGGAGCAUCACCACGGUGGAGGGCCUUGGGGUACAGAAGGGCGGCUUUCAUCCCAUCCAGCGCCGCCUAGCGGACUUCAACGGAAGUCAGUGUGGGUACUGUAGCCCCGGUAUGGUGGUCAACAUGUAUGGGUUGCUGAAUAAGAAACCACAACCCAGCCAAGAAGAGGUGGAAGACCACUUUGAUGGGCACAUCUGCAGGUGUACAGGUUACAGGCCCAUACUAGAUGCCAUGAAGUCUUUUGCGGUCGAUGCGGAUCCAGAGAAGGGCGGAUGUAUUGACAUUGAGGACCUCAACAAACAUCCCUGCCUAAGUGCGGGGGAGGCGUGCAACGGUACCUCUGCCGAUGGUGUGAACGGCACAGGUACAGGCUCCCUGAGGUGUUGCCAACGUGGAGUUACCUGGUACCGUCCCACCACCCUGGCAGAGUUGUACAGCUUGUUGGAGCGGCACAGUCAGGACAAGUACAAACUGGUGUGUGGGAACACAGCUGCAGGUGUUUACAAGGAUGAUGGCCCUUACUCCUGCCUUAUUGACAUCAAAGCUGUGCCUGAUCUGUACCACUGUCAGGCUGGCCCGCCGUUGGUAGUUGGCUCUGCUGUGAGCUUGUCUGCCGUGGUGGAUCUGCUGCGAGCCGGUUCAGACCGGUCUCCGUUCUACCGCGUGCUGGCUGACCAUCUGUGCAAGGUUGCUAAUGUAUCCGUUAGAAACGUUGGAAGUUGGGCUGGGAACCUCAUGAUGAAACAUGCCCACCCAGAAUUCCCUUCAGACGUCUUCACAAUCAUGGAGGCUGCAGGGGCAAAAGUCACCAUAGGAUUCAGGGGUGAAUCACAGACAAUGACAAUCAGUGACUUUUUGGGAACUGCAAUGAAUGGCAAGGUGAUUCAUUCGCUGGAAAUUCCGCCAGGAAAUCCUGAAGACGUGUUCCGUACAUACAAAGUCGCUCCUCGGUCUCAGAAUUCCCAUGCAUACGUCAAUGCUGGCUUCAGGAUGACACUGGACUGUCAGAGUGACCUCAAGGUGGUCACAAAACCGUACAUUGUGUUUGGCGGCAUCAACAAGACCAUGGUACAUGCCUCCGCAACUGAAGACUUCCUGGUUGGAAAGAGCAUCACAGACGCUGAAACUCUGAGAGGAGCCCUCGCCGUACUGCAAGCAGAACUGGUGCCGGACGAGUCUGCUCUCCAGUCUGCACAGUACACAAAACAACUGGCAUUGGGACUCUUCUAUAAGUUUUAUCUGUCUGCCGUUGGGAAGGAAGGCCUGACAGAGCAGGUUCGCUCGGCGGCAGACUCGCUCGCACGUCCAGUGUCCCUCGGAGAGCAGCACUUCCAGACUAAGGAGUCCGAGUGGCCCCUCAGGCAGCCCAUGCCUAAAACAUCAUCCAGGGUACAGGCAUCUGGAGAAGCCAUCUAUAUCAACGACAUGCCUGCCACGCCUGGGGAAGUCUAUGCUGCAUUCGUGACUUCGACUGUCGCCAACUGUAAACUGGGCAACAUGGACUUUUCACAUGCCAUGGAAAUCCCAGGAGCAGUUGCAUAUCUGACAGCCAAAGAUGUCAGAGGAGAAAACAACUAUAACCCACCAUCAUCCCCUGUAGCUGAGAUUUUCUCCAGCGAUGAGGUGUCAUACGCAGGUCAACCGGUGGCUCUUGUCAUUGCAGACACCCAGGUCCACGCUGACGCCAUGGCUAAAGCUGUCCAGGUUACCUACACCGACAUGAAACCCCCCAUCCUCACAAUCCAGGAUGCCAUUGCUACAAAAUCCUUUCAUCCAAAUGUUAAGGAAGUGGUAAAGGGAGAUCCAAAAGGUGCCCUAGCUGCAGCUCCUCAUCGUAUCUCCGGAGAGGUGUCGUGUGGUUCUCAGUACCACUUCUACAUGGAGACCCAGGUGUGCCGCUGCACUCCGACUGAGGAUGGGAUGGACGUCCAGUCUGCUACCCAGUCCAUGGAUUUGGUCCAGGCAUCUGUGGCACAGGUGACGGGAAUGUCAGCUCACAGAGUGUACGUGUCAGUGAAGAGAGUGGGAGGAGCCUUUGGAGGAAAGGGCCGCGGUUCUUUGCUGCCAGCUGCUGCCUGUGCUGUGGCUGCUCAGAAUCUCAACAGGACUGUACGCUUGAGCAUGUGCCUUGAUACAAAUAUGGAAGCCAUAUCAAAGAGAUCACCGUAUCUUCUGAAAUAUGAGGUUGGUUUUGACGAUGAGGGAAGGCUGCUAGCAGUGGUGUACAAUAUGUACGAAGAUAAUGGAUGUUCACUCCACUAUUCUCCCCUCCCUCGUCUGCCAGUAUCUGCUGAAAAUGUAUACUAUUGCCCAAGCUGGCAGUUCACAGGGCAGACCUGUAAAACCCACACUGCUCCCGCAACCUUUGCAAGAGCUCCUGGGGUUGUCGCAGCUCAUUUCUCCAUGGAGAACAUCAUAGAGCACGUGGCCAAGACCCUGAAUAAGGACCCUGCAGACAUACGCAGGAUCAACAUGUUUGAAAACGGACAGACCAUUCUGUCUGGAGACACUUUGUCUGACUGCAACAUCACUCAGCUGUGGGACGACCUCUUGACAUCGGCACAAAUCAACCAACGACAGCAGGUGAUAGAGGUCUUCAACAAGGAACAUCGUUGGAAGAAGAGGGGCUUGUCUGUGGUUCCUUGUCGAUAUCCCCUAUUCCCAUCCUUUUUCCGUUUCACGGUUUUCGUGGCGAUCUACCACACCGACGGCUCCGUGGUCAUCACCCAUGGCGGUAUUGAGAUGGGACAGGGCGUGGAUACAAAGGUGAUGCAGGUGGCAGCCGCCACCCUGGGCGUUCCCAUGGAGAUGGUCCACACAAUGUUGCAGGGAGUGCUUGAAUGCUGCUGGAGGCUGAUUGAACGGAUCAACCCCAUCCGACAGGAGAUGGGCGGAGCUCCAAAAUGGACAGAACUCAUCAACGCCUGUCACAGUAAAGGAGUGGAUCUGUCUGAGAAAUACAUGGAGCAUCAUCCAGUACCGAACAACCCCCCUGCGUACUUCAGUUUCGGCGUGACCUGCACGGAGGUGGAACUGGAUGUUCUGACAGGGGAGCGAGAAAUCACGCGGUCUGACAUUCUGUUUGACUGUGGGGAGAGUGUGAAUCCUGACCUGGACAUAGGACAAGUUGAGGGAGCGUUUGUGUUCGGGCUGGGCUACUGGCUGACGGAGAAGUGUGUUUACGACAAGGAGACAGGGAGGCUGCUGACCAACGGAACAUGGGAAUAUAAGCCUCCUGCAACCAAAGACAUCCCAGCGGAUCUCCGAGUUACCCUGUUACCAAACUCAUCUAACCCGUACAACGUGAUCAGGUCUAAAGCUGUAUCUGAGCCGCCACUGCUGAUGUCCUGCUCCGCCAUGUUUGCUCUGAGACAGGCUAUCCAGAGCGCACGGGAGGACUCCGGCAUUGGGGCUGACUUCUUUCCAUUGAAUGGCCCUGCCACUGUGGAGACUUGUCAUCAGGCCUGUCUUGUGGAUUCUUCCAACUUCACUCAGUGACACUGUCACAGCCCACGUGAUCACUGGACCUACCUUUAGCCUCUACCACUACCAGGUUGCUGCAAAAAUAGUAGAAAUUGGCCAAAUUAGACAGAAAACAUGCCAGAGGAGUUAGAGUACAGUUUGCGCCUGGCCGGCCAACAAAACUAGGCUUUUAUUCCUAACUUGGCAAAAGUCCCCUAUUAUUAGUUGGUCAGGCGGGAGUCUGGCAGAGACUACUUACUACCUUGUCUGAUAUCACUUCUCUGAAUUACGUGAAGAAAAUAUCCGCCCCACUGGUAAUGUUACCCAAAAUCACGAAAAGUAAACAUCAUUAUUAUAACGUUUUAUCCCUUUGCCGUCCGUGAACCAUCCCGUUUACAAAGAUGGAAGUACCGCUGUAUGCAGGAUUAUAUUGAUACCAAUUUACUACAGCUAUAGUCCUCGAAAACUUCGUGCAAACAUGGAAUCACAUAACAGAGCUGAUGGCAACAAAUUUCUUAUGGGAGGAGUUGAACUAUAUUGACGUAAUCCUAGGUGGUCCGGGUGGCAUGUUUCCACGGGAAAAUUUUGCAAUCUUGGUCGUGAGCUGUGAGCGAGCCGCCUGUGUGUACUGAAAAUGGCAGGUGUUUUUGGCGACGCCUGAUGGGCGAGCCUAAUAGUAUAGUGUGCGACUGUUUGCAAAGAAUUCCAAAAACUGUACAGGCAUGUCAGGAAUUUUAUUUCCGCGCAUCAUGCCGCGCAUCAUGC